AUGUUCGCUCGUGUGUUCAAGGCCAUGCCCGCCAGGGCCCCUGCCUUCACUUCCGUGAAUGCUUCUAUCCAGUCCCGCUUCAUGGCUACCGUCCGUCAGGGACGUCCCGCCACUGAACGUGCCACUUUCACGAUCCGAGAUGGCCCCAUCUUCCAUGGAAAGUCCUUUGGAGCCCGCUCCAACAUUUCCGGUGAAGCCGUCUUCACCACCUCUCUGGUCGGAUACCCCGAGUCCUUGACCGACCCCUCCUACCGUGGUCAGAUCCUGGUCUUCACCCAGCCUCUGAUCGGUAACUACGGUGUCCCCUCUGCCGAGAGGGACCAGCACGGUCUGCUCAAGUACUUUGAGUCCCCCAACCUCCAGGCCGCUGGUGUCGUCGUGGCCGAUGUGGCUGAGCAGUACAGCCACUGGACCGCCGUCGAGAGUCUCGGUGAAUGGUGUGCCCGUGAGGGUGUGCCCGCCAUCUCCGGCGUCGAUACCCGUGCCAUUGUCACCUACCUCCGUGAGCAGGGAUCUUCCCUCGCUCGUAUCACCGUCGGUGAGGAGUACGACGCUGACCAGGAUGAGGCCUUCGUCGACCCUGAGCAGAUCCACUUGGUCCGCCAGGUCAGCACUAAGGCUCCUUUCCACGUCAGCGCCGCUGACCCCCAGUGCCACGUCGCUGUGAUCGACUGCGGUGUUAAGGAGAACAUUCUGCGUAGCUUGGUCAGCCGUGGAGCCAGUAUCACUGUGUUCCCCUUCGACUACCCCAUCCACAAGGUCGCCCACCACUUCGAUGGUGUCUUCAUCUCCAACGGCCCCGGUGACCCGACUCACUGCCAGGACACCGUCUACCACCUCCGUCGCCUGAUGGAGACUUCCCAGGUGCCCAUCUUCGGUAUCUGUCUGGGUCACCAGCUCCUGGCUCUGGCCAACGGUGCUCGCACCAUCAAGCUCAAGUAUGGUAACCGUGCCCACAACAUCCCGGCUCUGGACACCACUACUGGCCGCUGCCACAUCACCAGCCAGAACCACGGUUAUGCCGUGGAUGCUUCCACCCUGCCUUCCGACUGGAAGCCCUACUUCGUCAACCUGAACGAUUCUAGCAACGAGGGUAUGAUCCACAAGACUCGUCCCAUCUUCAGCACCCAGUUCCACCCCGAGGCCAAGGGCGGUCCCCUGGACUCCUCUUACCUCUUCGACAUCUACCUGGACAGCGUCGUCAAGUACAAGAACCACCAGCUGGCGUUCCACCCCAACCGGAACACCGUCCCCAGCCCUCUCUUGGUUGACCUCUUGGCCAAGGAGCGUGUGGGCGUUCAGCCUACCAUUGGCAUGCAGAACGUGGCUGCCGCUGCUGCUGCUGCCGCCGCCGCUGCCGCUUAA